CCAAAACAGCUUUUGCGCCGGCUCUAGUGGACGUGUCUUCUUUACUCUACCGCCACUACCGCCAUUCCAAAUGCGGUUUUAUUAUGAAUGUUUAGAUAUACUUUCUAGUCAAUAACUCUCCUAUCCACUGAAGAAGCAGUUGCCCCACCAUGGACGAUAUCACCAGAUUGUUUGGUCUGAGCUUAUGCAUGCUUGUUGGCUGUUAUGUAGCGGGCGCUAUUCCUUUAGCAUUCGCCAUGUCUGAGAAAAGGCUACGCAUGGUAAGCGUGCUAGGGGCAGGAUUGCUUGUUGGUACUGCACUGGCUGUCAUUAUUCCAGAAGGAGUUCAUGCCCUUUAUGCACAGCAAACAAAUGGUGAAGGUGCUCAUAGUCACUCACAUCGUCACCUCAACACGCUGGACAUGAAAAGCCAAGCACCUGUAGAAUCUUCACAGGAGAUAGGACAUGUGCAUAAGCUAAAAGAACACAUCUCUCAGGUUGAGCCGGACUUGUUUAUUGGAAUGGCACUAUGCUUUGGCUUUGUCUUCAUGCUGCUUGUUGAUCAUAUCAGCGGUGGACACUCUCAUGGUGGAGGCGGAGGAGAUCCAGAGAAUAACACAAGGCAAAGACGAAACAAGAUGACAGCUACUAUUGGCUUAGUUGUUCAUGCAGCAGCUGAUGGUAUUGCUCUUGGGGCUGCUGUGUCAACAUCUAAAACAGAUGUAGAAAUGAUUAUAUUCCUUGCUAUAAUGCUUCAUAAGGCUCCUGCAGCCUUUGGCCUAUCUACAUUUUUAUUACACGAGGGUCUUGAUAGGAAUAGGAUACGACGUCAUCUAGUUGUAUUUGCUGCUGCUGCUCCGAUUAUGGCUCUUGUGACCUUCUUUGGCCUAGGACAGAGUGGCAAAGAAGUAUUUUCAAGUGUGAACGGAACAGGGUUUGCCAUGCUGUUCUCAGCUGGCACAUUUCUAUAUGUCGCCACAGUGCAUGUGCUGCCAGAAAUAGAGGGACACUCAGAAAACGGAGACACUGGCAGCUCUAAUAAAUCACAAAGAACUGAUUUAAUCCUUAUGGUGUGUGGGAUAUGCGCACCUCUAUUACUUUCUCAAACACACAGUCACUAGUAUAUGAUAUAAAUUGUUAUUGAUUUUAUCUCUUAAAGAGAAGAUUUACAAGUGUUCAUCCGCAAAACGUGGAUGAAUCUGUUUUGAGAAGUCUGUUGAACUGCCACAGGAGGGGUACUUGACGGUAUGACAGGAGUUUUGAAUGACAAAAAAAAUCUUCGUUUGAAACUGAAACCAUCAAAAAUUUUAUCUGAUUCCUUUGUGUAACUACAAAGGUUUUACUCUUAGAUUUGUGGUUAUAUCGUCACUGUAGAUUGCAAGAAGUCAAAUUGGAAAAUUCAUUUAAAAUUCCCUAAAAAUGUUUUUGCAGUUCACAGCUCCCUGUCACAAGAAGAGUACCCCUUCUGUAAAAAUUGUUGUUGUUUUUUUGUCUGGAGAAGUGGCAACAAUAUUUGUAGCCAAAGCAGUUCAGCGUUUCCUCUUUAUAUUAACAACUGCAAAUUGUUCUGACAUGCUAUAGCUAA